GAAGUGAAAGUAAGUUUAUGGCUCUCAUAACAGCUGCGCAUGGGAGAGAAGGCUCCAUUCACAGGCAGUGUCCAUUAACACACUUCAGGAUGACUCUUCUGCUUUUUCUCACUGUUCUCCUUCCUCAACUUUCAGGUGUCCUAUGCACCGUGACCACAGUGGGAGACCAGACAUUGUUACAGGGCCAGUCGAUCACUGUGCCCUGCCUUUACAACCCUGAGUACAUUCCAAAUGUGAAGUACUGGUGCAAAGGCUCUGUGCACACUUUCUGCACCAGCCUGGCACGCACAGACGAGUCGGAAUCUGCUCCGUUCUCGAAUGCAAGAAUAACGAUCACUGACGAACCGGUACAGAAUGUGUUCAUGGUGACCAUGCGUGAGCUGAAGGAGGAGGACUCUGGCUGGUACUGGUGUGGCGUGGAAAUAGGAGGGAUAUGGAACAAGGACAGCUACGCAUCACUUCAAAUCAGUGUCAAACAGGGUAUGUCAGUAGUAAAGGAUGAAGUACAAGCUGAAGAGGGUGGCAGUGUCACUGUGCAGUGCGUCUACAGUGAGAAACACAGAGAGAAUGAGAAGAGGUGGUGCAGGAGUGGCAACUUACACUCCUGCAAGGUUACAAACAACGGGACGUUCAGCAGCAAAUCUCUGCUCAUUAGCGAUAACAGGAAGGACACAGUUACCGUGACCAUGAGGCAGCUGAAGAUGCAGGACGCAGGAUGGUACUUGUGCAGAGCCGGCGAGCACCAAGCAUCUGUUCAUGUUUUAGUCACUCCAGGAUCAACCACAACUGCCUUGGGUGUAAUAACACAACAGCAUCCAUUUGAGGUUAAAACUGAGGACUCCAGCAAUUCCAUCAUUUGGCCUUCUCUGAUGGUGUGUGGACUUCUGGUGUGCUUGCUGACCGCGACUGGACUGCAAUUUUGGAGAAGGCAAAACUUGAAUCCUGAUCUGUCUGUGAUGGAGAGCAGAGUGAGUGCUGAGGAAGGAGGCAGCGUCACAGUCCAGUGUCUCUACAGCACUGCGUAUCAGAAGAAACAGACGCAGUGGUGCAGAUUCAAAGACAGGAGCUGCUACGAAGUGGGGAUGACUCCCACAUCCCAGAAUUCAGCAGUGCAGAUCAGGGAUGAUGGGAAACGAUCCUUCAGUGUGCAGAUGAGUGGACUGAAGAAGAGUGACACUGGCUGGUACUGGUGCAGAGCAGGAGAUCUACAGGUUCCUGUUCACAUCAGUGUCUGUGGUGAUGAUCCAGAUUCUACAGAUUCCAAAGAAUGCAAAUAUUUCAGAAAGCCAGUGAUGUUCUGCAUUGCACACAGGUGAAGGAUGUGAUCCUGAUAGCAUUGAGAAUUGAAGAAACUGGAACAUUCUCUUUGUUUUUGUAACUGAUAUGAGAUAAAGUUUGGUACAAGGGAUUCAACUGCAACGGACUUUGUUUGUUUGGACUAUAUACAGGAAAUAUGCUUCUAGUAACUUGUGUUUUAUAUGCUGUUUUUGAAUAAGUUUAAGAUAAAGUAAAAAUUGAGUUCUCAAAAAGUCUUUGGUAAUGUUAUAGUAGCUGUACAGUUAGGACCUGAGAUACAGUAUAAUCUGCCAGUUCUGUAAAUAUUGAUCCACAGGUCCAGGUGGGCCGCUCUAUCAGACUGUAAAAGAUAUUUAAAGCAUCUUCAUAGUCAAAACGCAAUAUUUUAGUUGAGAAUUUAUAUUAAUUCUUCACAGAUUAAGACUAGUCCAGAGUUUACAUUCUUAGUCAAUGGAGAUUUUCUGUUAUAUAGCAUCAGAACAUGGCUAUUCAUUUUCCCAACAAUAUAUUAAGAGCAGAUUCAGGAAUGUUUGUAUAUCAUUUGGUUGUCGAUUAUAAUAAAGUCUAUAUUAUGCUU